AUGAAUAGGAGACUUCCCGAAUCUGAAAUGAUUUACCUCAAGUGCUGGCUAACAUCGGUGGACAUUGAACCGGGCCGCUGUGUCAGUCCCGGUGGUCUGGCGAAAGAUGAAAUUUCCAUCCGGAUUGGGAAGGCCAGAGCAGCUUUUGCGAACAUACGUCACCUGUGGCGUAGGCGUGACAUCAGCUUCUCUCCAUUACCAGCAAACUCAGCUGCUUCCGUCUUCCUGGAUGGGGACCCGAGACGGGCCAUAUCAAUGACAGGAGACAUUGUCAAAUACGGCCCAGUCGCGCCCUCAGUGGCGCUCGUGCAUCCAAGCUAUUGCCUUCAAUGCAUAGCUCCUUCUCCCACCCCAACUCCAUUUGACAGCCCACUGACAGUGCUGGAUUUGUGCACCAAUUUAUCAGCUCCCGCCUGCAAUGCGCAGCUACCUACCUCUCCCCCCAAACCAUCAGUGAUCGAAACUGCGGCAGUUACAACCACUGUACGACGAGUACGUCGUUUUUACGGCUGA